AUGGCCGCAGAGGACAUAUCGGCGAAGCCGCUGCCGGCACCAAACGUUGAUGCACCCAUUGCAUUGCAACCCACACAAGUGGAGGAACUUGCAAGUCGCAGCCGCAUCACAAAAGACAUGGAGGAUCAGUUCGAGGAAGAGUUGCUGGUGUUUGAAGCGCGCCAACGACCGGAGACCAGAAUGUCCAUGAUGGUGGAUGAUACCGUCAUGAAGGCUGAGGCAGCAGUUGCUCAAGAUGAGGCAGCACCUACGCAGAAGAAGCGCAGGAAAAGGAAAGCUCGCGAUCCCACUGGUUUUGGUGUUUUUCUCCGGCAAAAGCAGGCAAUGGAUCUUUCAGCAACCUUUCGCGACAUAGCGAAUGCCGCGACUCGAGAGUGGGCUGACCUCGGGGACGAAGCACGUGCUGCAUUCCGUUCCGGUGGCAAACUUCCGCGCCCGACACAGGCGCCAAAAAGGUUCCUUCCGGAGCCUUUCAGCAGCGCUGUGUACAGCAUGGAAGCCAAAGCAGCUGGCAUGGAAAGCCGUGAGGUAUACACCGUGAUUUGGCACGUCGACUGGGGCCAAGUCAAAGGGGAAGCUUUUUCCAAUGAAGAUGACGCCGAAAGCAAAUUCGACGAGCUGGACGGCGGCGCGUAUGCUGCAAUGCUGGUGGACAAGGCCUACAACGAGAUCAAAUACUACGGCACUCGGGGAAAGGUUCAGACGGAGAUGGAAGAAUACUGGAAACGGCACUUCAAGGGAUCGAAGGCUUGGGACCAGAUCAAGAAGAAGAACCAACCCAAGGAAUCCUCCGCAGUGGAAGUUGAGGUUAAGGACCAUGCUUUGGACGAGUCCCUGGCAGAGCUGCGCAAAGACCACUGGGUUUCUCAGGAGGAGCGUGCCGACCCGGUGGUGUUCCGAUGGGAGCUGGAUGAGACCAGGACGAAGAUUGAGAAAUGCCUGUGCGGCGAUCUCUUCUUGCCGAGCCCAGAGAAGGACAAGAUUGGCUUUCUCGAUCUGGCCCUGGAGAGGUUCGACACUGUGGCCCUGAAGCGCGAUCGCACAGAGGGGCACGUGAUCUCCGUGGACAAGGAGAGUCGCCUUUGUAAGGUCGUUUUUCCGGAGCGGGACGGCUCAGCGCGCAUUGGCUUCCAGACCCUCUCGAGCUUGAUGUUUCAGCGACGGAAAACCCCCGACGCUUUGCGACAGCUGCGAGCGCCAGACUUCUUCCCGCCUGAGGAGGGAGACCUGCACAAGGUGUCCACUGCAAAGCCUGACUCCAAACACCGGGGCAAUCUCGAGAAGGUCAUCCCGGUCAAGACUGUGUGGGAAGAUGAUGACACCGGUAAUUUUUGCUGGACAUACGGGAGCGAGGAGCUGGAUCUGCGCGCCGCCUCAACGACCUGCACUGCUUCUGGCAAGGUCGCAAUUCCGUUUCGGUUCAUACCUUCGCCAGACAUUAAAAAGAUGGUGGAGAACUCGGAGGAGGAGUUCAAGAAAAUCAGGGACCGAAAGACGCCACAAGGAUGGUGUUACCAAGCCAACUUUUGGCGUUUGUUGCAGUCAUCGGGGCAGUGCCAGCUGGAGGUGGCAGCAACCAUGGCUAACGUGGCCGAGCUUACCGAGCUCGCCUCAGGGAAGAGGCGCCAGGGUCUGACGAAGCGGGGUGCCGUCUGCGCCGACCCGAUCCGGGUUCGGAAGAGACGACCUCGCGUGGAUGUCAAAUGCACCGGCCAGGCCUUCCUCUGCAAGCCUGGAUCACGCCUCGGCUUGCUUGCAACGAAUGACUUUUCACUGCCCUACAUCUCCAGGUGUGUUGCGGCCGAAGAGAUGAUGGAGUCUGGACUUGUGAAGGUCAAUGUGGACAACUCCGAGGAGCAGCUGGACAUCGACCCGCGCCCCUCGCAGGCCGUUCAACUCAGCAACGUUUGCUACGAAGGUGGGAGGAAGUUGACUGUGCUCCUGGAGAGCGGGCGACUGAUUGAUGCCACGGUGCAAAGCAGGGAGGCCCGGCAUCGCCACGUCAUCGCUUACACCGAUGCGAAUGGAGGUGCCGCCAGUGCCACGAUUGACCUGAACGAGGCGAAUCAUGUCGAUGGUCACUUCGCCAGCUUCGAUGUGUCACUCUACCAGGAGUACUGCACCAAGCAGAUGAAUCGCUUCCGCUACCUUGAGGACAGUAUUACGUCUCAGAAGAUGGAUGUGGAGACGCAGGUCAUUUACAUUGACACAGCUGUUCAGAAGUCGAAAACCAAGAUGCCCGACAUCAAAAGCCUCGCCGACCUCCUCCUGGGCAGCGGAGACGGGCGCUUCAUUGGUGAGCAGAUCGUCUACAGGUGUCUGAUGGUCGCCGGCCCUGGGACUGGUAAGACCUGGUCCUCCUGCCAGCUGAUGUACCAUCUCUCGAAGGUGUGUGCCAACGAGUCUUCCACGGAGGGGAUUGUCAAAGUUCCCGUGCUGAUCUUCGCGCAGAAGUUAGCAGGCAUGAUUCGUGGACACCAGAUGAACGACAAGAUCUACGCAGAAAUGUGUGGGAAGGAAUAUGCAGACGUCCUUCUGAGAGCUUUGAAGCUCCGCAGUGCCAUCGUCAUCUUGGAUGGCAUUGAUGAAGCUUCGGAUGUCAAGGGCAUCAUGCAGGACUCCAUGCAGGUCUUUGAAGGUUUAGAGGUUCUGGGACAGUUCCUGCCGGCAAGAGUGGCCUUUUCCUACCUUUGGAAGGAUGAUGGCAGCUGGGACGAAAGCAAGCUGCAAAAGUGCCUCUCUGGUGAGGCCAGGCCGGAGAUGGAACAGGACUCGGGUGAGCUUGACACGCGCCUGGAGAAGAACGCGCCGGCGAAGGAGGUGGAGAGUUUUGUCAAGGCCGGAGAGCCUGAACAGGGAUUUUCUCGCUUCUCGAGCGCCCAGUUUGUGAGCCCCGAGAAGGAAACCGUGAGUGUACCGGAGACGUUCCCUGCGACAGAGGACUUUCCUCCAGGCCCUUCCCUUGCCAGGAAGCUCUACGAGCUGGCGGAGAAGAAGGCGAUGUCAACCAGCAGCCUGUGGCCGCAGGAUGCCCCCGAGGAAUCCACCGAGUACGAGCUCAUUCUUGGCCCACUGAAGGAUCCCGUGCGGGUCCACGAGAAGGCUGCGGAAUCGGAGCAUCUCGCUGAAGCAAAUGUUGUGGAUGUGAUCCGCGCGAGAUAUGCCACCAUGGGCCCACAUACCAUUCGCGAUGCUUCUUAUCCAUGGAGGGUUAUCCGAGGCAGUGGCAAGCAGAUGAAGACAUUUCUGGAGAUGAUUGCCAUUGGCUUUCCCUACGAGGUGGACGGGCAGGCGGUUAAACUGGAGCUUGCCCGCGUGAAGAACAAGUUCUCUUCCAAGGACAGCGAUCCUUCACGCUUCCGAAAUGUGCUGCUGAACCUGGAGCUCUCAUGCGGGCAGAUCUCCCACUUUGUGGAGCUGCAGGUCCACCACCAGUUGAUCCUGGGCUACAACGAAGCAACUCGCCUCAUCUCGGGUGAGGGAUUCGAACUCAAUGGCACUAAGACGAGCCACGCCCAUGACUUCUACGACUACUUCCGGCGGGAGUGA